UUUAAAAGUACUUUGACUCACACUGUUAAUCUUAAAUGUGACCAUGUCUGUUUUUGUCUAACUUUUUGCUACAUGUGGGGGUAACCGACUUUGAUUUCACAGUAGCAUUUCCAUUGAGUUUGAGCAGUCGUUAUAAUUUACUGUGGCUAAGGUUAGUUUGGUUAGUUUCCCCCUUUUAACUAAUACACGCAGCCUGGUGUCUAUUAUCAUUGUUGUGUAAAACUCUGUUGUAAAGACGCCUGUGUCACUUUGAACAGCGUGUCCUCAGAGGAUGUCAACACAGGAAGAAACCGGUGACGUAACGUCAUAGACACCAACUGAAGCAAAACACAACCAUUCAAACCAUCAUGAAUGUCGUGGACACUGUCGGAACUCUUCACUGCAACAGAACCAACGAAUGACGUGUUAGAGUGUAGUGACCAGUAUUGACAAAAUAAUGUAUUUAUAUUUGUUACAGGUCUUCUCACCCCAGUGCGACAUUCCUGUGGAGGAGAUGACGGACUCCACAGAGUCCAGGGAGAGGGACGGUGUCCAGCAGCCUGUUGAGGCUCUGGGCCAUCACACUGGACAUAGGACUGAGCAGGAGCAGGAGCUUCAACAGCAAACGGAGGUCCAGAAGGUGCAGCAGCAGCAACAGCAGCAGCAGGAAACUCUUCAUCAGUUCAGUCCAAACAGCAAGACGAGGUCCGCGGAGAUCAUGGAUCGGGAGAUGAAGAUCACCGACAGCAUAGAUACCAGAGGUCUGCUGGAGAGCAGUGUUCGUCUGAAGCCUCACGAAGCUCAGAACUACAGGAAGAAGGCUCUGUGGGUGUCCUGGACGUCCAUCCUGGUCACCAUCGUCCUCGCCAUCGCUGCUUUCACGGUCUCCAUCAUGCGCAACAGUGCGUCAGCGUUUGGCUUUGCUUUUGAUGCCACUCUGGAUGUGCUGUCGUCCAUCAUCGUGCUGUGGCGAUACAGCAGCGCUGCUGCAGUUCACUCUGCCCACAGAGAAUACAUAGCCUGUGUCAUCUUAGGUGUCGUUUUUAUCCUGUCCUCCCUGUGCAUUCUGGGUAAAUCCAUCCAUGACCUGGCAACCAGGCUGCUUCCUGAAGUGGACAACUUCCUGUUCAGUGUGGCCAUCAUCAGUGGGCUGGUCUGCAUUGUCCUGGCCGUCAUAAAAUUCAUGCUGGGAAAAGUCUUGACAAGCCGAGGAAAAGUCUUGACGAGUCGAGCACUGAUCACUGAUGGUUUUAAUUCUCUGGUUGGAGGAAUCAUGGGAUUCUCCAUCCUCAUCAGCGCUGAGGUCUUCAAACAUGAACCUAACGUCUGGUACCUGGACGGGACAAUAGGUGUCCUCAUCGGCCUCAUCAUCCUGGCCUAUGGAGUUAAACUGCUCCUGGACAUGGUCCCACGAAUCCGGCAAACAAGGAACUAUGAACGUUUUGAGUGAGAAACCCCAGGAGAAAGGAAGUCCGACUGAUGGCCUGAAUCUUCAUUAUAGAUGAUGUUACAGAGUGAGACUGGAGGAAAGUUUUAGGUGUUUUAAUAUUUAAAUUUUAUUAUACUUGACUUCAGCAGAGUGGAACAGGGUAUCGACAUUAGGUACAGACUUGUGGGCCAAGAAAUAAAAAGAUUUUAGGUGAUGAAGAACCAGGUGCUGCUCCCUCUUGUGGUCAGUUUACGACUUUAAGAGAUUAAGCUGACUACUGAAGUCAUAAAUAAGCACAUUAAAACUUAGUGGUGGAAGUGAUGUUAUAUUUUGAAGAGUGAGUGAUUUCCACACUGAAGCUGUGAACAUUUUGUAAUAUUUAAAUUGAAUUUGAUGUCGGUUUUAUCUGGUCAGACUCUGACACAGCAGACAUAGAUGAUGGAAGCAUUGACGCAAACGGACCAAUCACAGUUGUUUAAAUACCUCAGUUUUACAUCUUUGGCCUGUAUAUAAACAUGUGUUGUGAAAUGACGUGAGUCUCUGACUGUAGUCUAGGCGCAGCCGGUGAGACUGAAGCCAUAGACCAAUCCAUAAAGACUGCAACCAUCACUUCUGUUCCUAGUUGUGUGGAAGUAAAACGUCUUUCUUUAGCUGCC